ACUAUCGCUAUCGAUAAGACUUCCGAAAAUACCAAAAAUCUCAUCACUAGAAUUUGCUUUUUCGCUGCAAUAAAUUGUUUAUUAUUUAUUAAAAUAAUAAAUGGCCGACCAACUUCACGACGAUGAUGGUGAGGCGGCGUCCAUAAUGUCUAUGCGAUUUGACCAGCAGCAAAGGCAAGACAACGCUGCUAGCAAUGGCAGCGAUACCGGCGGCGUUGACGACGAAGCCCUGGAAGACAACGGCGACGACGUCGAUGAUGAUGGUAAAAAAGAUGCGGAUCUGGUGUUGCCAAAGGCACUAGAGGAUGUGCUUGCUCUCAAAGAUCAGCGUGUGGCCGAGUUUGACACUGACGUCGAUGGCCGGGGUGAUGGGGGUGUAUCACAAGACGGCGGCGAUUUUGCCGAUAUCGGCGAAGACAGCGAUGACGAUGCCGAUAACCAGGUGAAUGGUGUCAGCAACAAUAAGGCGGGUAAGCAAAGUAAAGCGGACAAAAAUAAAAAGAAGAAACGACGCAAGAAGCAAAAUAAAAAGAUACGCCAGAAGUUGGAAUAUGAGCGCCAACAGCAGUUGGCACGACGCUCGGAACCAACACAGGAGCCAGAACCCGAAGAAGAGCCAAAGACAGCAGGGGUGGGCAGCGAUGACGACGAGUCGCCACAGAAGGACAAGGACACACAGAAAGAGAGUCGAAGCAAAAAGAAGAAGGAUCGAGGAUUUGAAGAAAAAGAGAAGACCAAGGAGCGCAAGAAGUCCGAAAAUGGAACCGAAGAUGAUGUGACCAUCGAAUAUGUGCCUGAGAAAAUCACCAUCGCUGAUCUAGCUCCCAUGUAUCGACAAUUCUAUCGUGUCUUCGAAAUCUUUAAGCUGGAAAACAAGCCGAAGCCCGUGGAAAAAGACAAGGCAGCUCUGGACGCCGAGGCCUUGGCCAAGGCAAAAAAGUCGUCAAACAAAUUGCACGAUGAUGAUGAUGAUGAUGUAGAUGAUGACGAAGAUAACAAGGAGGAUAAAGAAAAGUUGUCAAAACGCAAACUAAAAAAACUCACACGACUCAGUGUGGCAGAACUUAAGCAGCUAGUCUCACGACCAGAUGUUGUUGAAAUGCACGAUGUGACGGCCCGCGAUCCCAAGUUACUAGUGCAGCUCAAAGCGUAUCGCAAUACGGUGCAAGUGCCACGUCAUUGGUGUUUUAAGCGCAAGUAUCUCCAAGGCAAAAGAGGCAUUGAAAAGCCGCCCUUUGAUCUGCCUGCGUUCAUCAAAAAGACGGGCAUCAUGGAGAUGCGUGAAUCGCUCCAGGAGCGGGAAGAUGCCAAGACUCUAAAGGCAAAGAUGCGUGAACGUGUCCGUCCCAAAAUGGGCAAAAUUGAUAUUGACUACCAGAAACUUCACGACGCCUUCUUCAAGUGGCAGACGAAACCUCGCAUGACCAUCCACGGUGAUCUCUACUACGAGGGCAAAGAGUUUGAGACUCGGUUGAAAGAGAAGAAACCUGGUGAUCUGUCCGAGGAGCUUCGCAUUGCCUUGGGCAUGCCCGUUGGUCCCAAUUCGCACAAGAUACCGCCACCAUGGCUGAUUGCUCAACAGCGUUACGGUCCGCCGCCUUCGUAUCCGAAUCUUAAAAUACCUGGCUUAAAUGCACCCAUUCCCGAGGGCACCUCUUUUGGCUACCAUGCCGGUGGCUGGGGAAAACCGCCAGUGGAUGAGAAUGGAAAGCCUCUUUAUGGCGAUGUGUUCGGCAUGAAUACACUUGAUUUAGAUAACGGCAUUGACGAAGCGGACAUUGAGCGCAACCAAUGGGGUGAAUUGGAGUCCGAGUCAGAAGAGUCCUCCGAAGAGGAGGAAGAAGAUGGCGAAGAUCUGGGUAAUCAGCAGGAUGAAACGGGCUUGGUAACACCCGUCGAGGGUCUGGUUACACCCUCGGGUCUAACUAGUGUGCCAGCUGGCAUGGAAACCCCAGAGAACAUUGAAUUGCGCAAAAAGAAGAUCGAAGCCGAAAUGGAAGACAAUGAAACACCAGUGCUUUAUCAAGUGCUGCCAGAGAAACGCACGGAUCGAAUUGGAGCAUCCAUGAUGGGAUCUACUCAUGUCUAUGACAUUGGUGGCGGCGGCGUUGCUGGUGCCAAUAAACAGCCAGCCGUGCGUUCUACAACAGAUCGCGAGGGCAUUGUUGAAUUGGCAUUGGACCCGAGUGAAUUGGAUCUAGAUAACGAUGCGAUGGCCCAGCGUUAUGAGCAGCAGAUGCGAGAGCAACAGAAUCAUCUGCAAAAGGAAGAUUUAUCGGACAUGUUGGCAGAGCAUGUGGCACGCCAGAAAUCGAAACGCAAGCGACAACAAACGGAUCCAGCAAAGGCUACAAAGAAGUACAAGGAAUUCAAAUUUUAAUUCUACAAAAACCUUUUUCUGUACGCGAGUUUACUGUUUCUCCGUCACUAUGAUAUUUAAGCGAUGCCGAAAUAAUGUCAUUAUUAAAAGCUAUUAGGAGAAAAA